CCUUGAUGGUAUGUGAUCCCCACCUGGCCUGCGGAGGGACCUUCCUUUCCUGCUAGCUGGCCAUCAGCUGAUCCCUUCUGAGAGGGAGGCUGAUACAGGUGUUUGCUGGCAGUGACUUUGUGUUUAAAGAGAGCUCAAGGUUGCUACAGGAGUUGUCAGGAGACCUGUGCUGGGAAGUCUUCCCUCCGUCCCAGCUUCCCCAGACUUUCUGCUUUUCUGCAGCCAGAUCUGCUCCACUCUCCCGACCUGGCUUCGCUAUGGGACAUCCGGCUGUUAGCGAGCUCCCCUUGGUGGACAGCUCAGCAACAUCUCCAGCCCUUUUGGCAUUGUGAUUCCCAGAGGUAGGGCAGUGAUUUUCUCAGGAGUCCUGGGCACUCAAAUCUGUGCUUUCCCACUGCUCUGUAACUCUCCUUGACCUCUGGGGCCUGAGCAAGGGUGUGGGGGUCGGUGGUGAAAUCCCCCGUGCCUCCAUCUCCCUGCUGUGCAGUCAGUGGAGGCUUCUGAAGGGAAUGAUGGAUGAGGAAGGAGGGCAUCGCUCAGGUCAGGAGCCUCCCCAUUUGCCUCCUGCUCCAGUGGCCGCCUGGGCCACCUCGCAGUGUUGAACUUUGGCGCAGGCAGAAAGCCCAGGAAUGGGGAUCGCCCUCGCUUGUCCUGGGUCCUGUUCAGUCCGGGGCAGCACCUCUGCCAGCACUCGGGGUGGGGCCUGGCAGAUCUUUUCAGGGCUCUGAGGGAGGUGCUACCUCUUGACUUCCUUUGCCAGGAAAGGGGCAGAGUGCUGGGUUUGGCUGGCUGGGUGCACGGGCCAGAUUUGCAUGCACGGGUGUGUGCGCCUUUGGGAGGAGAAGGGAUACCCCGGCCCCGCCCCGUAGUCCACCCUGGAGGAGCCCUUUGUCUUGGAAGAGCCUGAGCGCUCUGCGCGAGGGGUGGGGGCCUAGGGCGCCUGGGACCCGCCCCUCGGGUCCCUCCUCGAUCCGCCGCCCGUCCGCUGCUGUCCCGGGUUCCGGCACAUCUGGCGGUGCCGCGCACAUCUGGGCAGCCGGCGCCGGAGCAUGAACGGCUCUCAGGCGGACGCCGGGGCCCAAGCCGCCUGGCUGAGCUCCUGCUGCAACCAGUCGGGGGCGCCACCGGAGCCCCCCGAGGGGCCGCGCGCCUUGCAGGCGGCGGUGCUGGGCGUGCUGUCGCUGCUCGUGCUCUGCGGGGUCCUGUUCCUGGGCGGCGGCCUCCUGCUCCGCGCGCAGGGCCUAGCCGCGCUGCCCACCCGCGAGCGGCGCGCGUCCCGCGAGGCUGAGCCCGGCGGCGCCAGCGGGGGCGACGACGACUCGUAGGCGCCCGGCCGCCGGGAGCCCCGACGGCUGCUGCGGAGCGAGGCCCCCGCCCCGGCCUCCCCAGGCCGCGCCCGCGCAGGUGAGAGGCGGCCGCGGCGGGGGCGGGCACAGGGCCGGGGCCGCCCGACCCAGGGGCUCAGCGCGGCGACUCUGGCCCGGCUCGGGGCGGCCGGGGGCGGCGGCUCCCGCAGGUGUGCGGAGUCUGCCUUUCCCUCCUCGGCCUUCGGUUCUCCCGCAGCGGCGCCUCCAGCCUGUCCUUUUUCGAGAAGAGCCGGUCACGGUGUCACUGGGAGAGGGGAGGCAGGCGGGUCAAAGAGGAGGGGUGCUCUGGGGCUCUCUUCCCCACCCCCCGCGCCGCGACCCGCAGUUCCAGCCCCCCUGGUUCCACGACCCCACCCCGUGGCCCGUUCCACCCAGAGGCUGAGGACACACACGGCCACAGAGACGGACACACCAGACCUUCGGCUUCUGCUUCCCCCCCUUCCUUUCCUUAGUGAAGCCUCGCCCCUGGAGGGGGUUUAAGAUUCUGCCCUGCGGCCCCCCUUGAGGCGGGGAUGGGAGUGCGGUAGUGUUUUAGGCCGGAGCCAGGGGUCUGGAUGACCCUGGGCGAUGGGUUGCUGUGCUGGGACCCACUCCUUUAGCCCCUGCUCAGGCUGUGAAGAGGGCUGUGGCCCAGAGCAAGGAGCUUUGUCGGCGUGUGUGUGUGUGUGUGUGUGUGUGUGUGUGUGUGUUUGGGGGGUGGGGUGUAGAUGGCAAGGUUCCCAACAGCUGGGGGGCCUCAGGAGCUCGUUGCUCCAGGAAGCUGGGGCUGAGGAUUCCUGGCUGUGGGGGCUCCAUCUGGCCCUCCUGCCUCUGCAUCUCCCAGGACAGGAACCAUCUGGAGGAAGGGCCUGGGUGGCCUAAGACAAGGUAAUUCCAGGCCAAGGCCACCCCGGGCAGAGCCGGGGUUGUGGGGGGAAGCCUUGACUGUCCUUCUCCUCUGUCCAGCGUCAUACCUAGAGGCUCCUGGGAGGUUUCUGUGAGUGGGGCUGGUUGCUGGGGGUGGCUCUGACCCUCCUUGUCCCUCCUAUGCAGCAGCCCCUCCCUGCUUGCCAGGGGCAGAGGCAGGGGCCCAGCUCCCCGCUGAGAAGGGAGUCGGCACAGGUGAGGAGGGGCCGGUGAGGGGUGGGGGGCCAACGGGCAGGCGGCUGAAGCUGAGCAGCUGUGAAGCUGACGACGGGUGAUCCUCGUGCGGAGCAGCCCAGGAUUUGGUGCUAAUCCCGGCAGCCGUGCCAUCCUGGCCCCGCUGAACCGUGGACUUCUCACCUCCGGGACACCGCCCCCCCCCGUUGGAGAGAGGGCUGUCCAGGGCGGUGAGGGUAUGUGUGUGUGAGUGUCUGUGUGUGUCUGUGUGUGACUGCUCUUGGCACAAGGGCCAUGGGCUGGGCCUGGGGACAUUCCUCACCUCCUUUGCCGUGUCCUGGGGGAGGGGUGGGAACUCCCUCUCUCUAUGGUAUCUGGGGUCAUCUACCCCGUGGCCGCCUACAUUCUGCUGUUUUUCCAUCUGCUCUCCCUGUGCUCUCCUCUCCUUCCCCAGCUGGGGCCGAGGAGUCCCCAUGUCCACCAGGAACCCUUCAUUUUACAAAUGGGGAAGCUCUGAGAGAAGGAAGUGACCUUCUCAAGUGACACAUAGAGCUGGAAGUCACCCCGGGGUUCCUGAUCCCGAGCUCAGGGGUUGGGGGCGGCAUCCCUGAGUGAGAAGGCCUCCCUUGGGUUGCCCUUCUUGCUCCGUCUGGCUCCCUUUCCCCUUCUUUGAGAUGCUGAUGCAAAAUAUGGCCUUUCCGCCCCCAAAGGAAUGAAUCUUCACGCACACAUUUGGCGCAUGGUUUCUGAGACUGGAACCCAAACCCCUGUGUCCUGCCUCCCUCCUGUCCCUGAUUCUCCACUGGCCCUUUUAGAUCCCUUCUUGCUGCUGGGGACAGUCUUCCAGAGGUCGGCAGCAGCCCCCAGCCAGCCGGGCUCAGCUUUCCUGGCCUGAGCCUGAGGGUGGGGGUGGGCUCGGGGGGGGGGGGGGGGGGGGG